AUGAUGAAGAGGAAGAGCUCGGAGGGGCCGGAGCAGGAGAGCGGCCGCGGCGUCCCCCUGCCCAUCCAGACCUUCCUGUGGAGGCAGACCAGUGCAUUUUUGAGGCCCAAAUUGGGGAAACAAUAUGAAGCUUCCUGUGUGUCUUUUGAAAGAGUUUUAGUGGAGAACAAACUACAUGGUCUUUCUCCGGCCCUUUCUGAAGCCAUCCAAAGCAUUUCUCGCUGGGAACUGGUGCAAGCUGCCUUACCACAUGUACUGCACUGCACAGCAACAUUGCUGUCUAACCGAAACAAGCUAGGACAUCAGGAUAAGCUUGGAGUAGCAGAGACUAAGUUGCUUCACACUCUUCACUGGAUGCUGUUGGAGGCUCCUCAAGACUGCAGCAAUGACCGAUUUGGAGGAGACCGAGGCUCAAGCUGGGGAGGGAGUAGUAGCGCCUUUAUUCAUCAGAUUGAAAACCAGGGAUCGCCAGGACACCCCAGACACAGCAUCUCUAACGAUGAGGAAGAGAAUAACAGGAGGAGGUUCUUUCAGAAUUCCAUGGCUACGGUGGAGCUCUUUGUGUUCCUGUUUGCUCCAUUGGUCCAUAGAAUAAAGGAGUCUGACCUAACUUUUCGGCUGGCCAGUGGCCUUGUUAUUUGGCAGCCCAUGUGGGAACACAGGCAGCCUGAGGUUUCUGCCUUCACUGCUCUGGUUAAACCAAUUAGGAACUUUAUUACAGCCAAGAGAAGUUCUCCAACCAACAGUCAGAGCUUGUCUUGUGAAUCCCCGAAUCUGGACACUGGGCAAACAGAGGGUCUCCAGGUGGUGUGUGAAACAGCCCAACCAGAUUCUGUACCUCAUAAGGCUACUAUUUCAGCAUGUCACCGUGGAAACUCCUUGGAUGGAAGUGUAUCAUCUCAAACAUCUCAGGACAGAGGCCCCCCACGUCCCAGGAUUUCUGUGGUGAUCCCGCCAUGCCAAAAGUCCCGCUAUGCCACUUAUUUUGAUGUGGCUGUGCUCCGUUGUUUGCUGCAGCCCCAUUGGUCAGAGGAGGGUACACAGUGGUCUCUGAUGUACUAUCUGCAAAGAUUGAGGCAUAUGCUACAGGAAAAGCCAGAGAAACCACCUGAGCCGGAGAUCACACCCUUGCCAAGACCCCGCAGCAGUUCAAUGGUGGCUGCUGCACCCUCUCUGGUAAAUACGCAUAAAACUCAGGAUCUCACAAUGAAAUGCAAUGAAGAAGAAAAAUCACUCAGCACUGAGGCCUUUUCCAAGGUGUCACUGACCAACCUGCGCAGGCCAGCAGUUCCAGAUCUCUCCACAGACCUGGGAAUGAACAUCUUUAAGAAGUUCAAGAGCCGCAAAGAAGAUAGGGAGCGCGAGCGCAAGGGAUCCAUUCCUUUCCACCACACAGGGAAAAAACGUCAGCGAAGAAUGGGUGUGCCCUUUCUCCUUCAUGAGGACCAUCUGGACGUGUCGCCCACUCGCAGCACAUUCUCCUUCGGCAGCUUCUCUGGGAUUGGGGAGGAUCGGCGUGGCAUUGAGAGGGGAGGAUGGCAGACCACCAUAUUAGGAAAGUUUACCAGACGGGGAAGCUCUGACACACCUACAGAGAUGGAGAGCCUGAGUGCUAGGCAUUCACACUCUCAUCAUACUCUCGUCACUGAUUUGCCUGACCACUCAAACAGCCAUGGAGAGAAUACAGUCAAAGAAGUACGCUCCCAAAUCUCCACCAUUACAGUGGCAACUUUCAACACCACAUUAGCCUCAUUCAACGUGGGCUACGCAGAUUUCUUCAGUGAGCACAUGCGAAAACUCUGCAAUCAGGUACCCAUUCCAGAGAUGCCCCAUGAACCAUUGGCAUGUGCCAACCUUCCACGGAGUUUGACGGACUCCUGCAUCAAUUAUAGCUGCUUGGAGGACACAGAUCACAUCGAUGGAACCAAUAACUUUGUCCACAAGAAUGGCAUGCUGGAUCUUUCAGUAGUUCUGAAGGCUGUUUACUUAGUUCUGAACCAUGACAUUACCUCCCGCAUUUGUGACGUGGCACUGAACAUUGUUGAAUGCCUGCUUCAGCUUGGUGUGGUGCCCUGUGUGGAGAAAGUCAGAAGGAAGAGUGAGAACAAGGAAAAUGAGGCCCCUGAAAAGAGACCAAGUGAAGGAUCCUUCCAGAUCAAGGGGGCCACAUCAGGUGGCUCUGCCUGUGGAUUUGUGGCUCCCUCAGUCAGUGGAGCUGGAGAUGGAGGAGGAGAAGAAGGUGGAGGUGGUGGAGGGGGAGGUGGUGGAGGCGAUGGAGGUGGAGGAGGUGGCAGCAGCGGCAGUGGCGGAGGUCCUUAUGAAAAGAAUGACAAAAAACAAGAGAAGGAUGAAACCACUCCAAUAAGCACCCAUCGGCUGGCACUAACUAUGCUGAUCAAAAUAGUGAAAUCCUUGGGCUGUGCUUAUGGCUGUGGAGAAGGACACCGAGGGCUCUCUGGAGAUCGCCUGAGACACCAGGUAUUCCGGGAGAAUGCUCAGAAUUGCCUCACAAAGCUGUACAAGCUGGAUAAGAUGCAGUUCCGGCAGACGAUGAGGGACUAUGUGAACAGAGAUUCCCUCAAUAACGUGGUGGAUUUUCUUCAUGCUUUGCUAGGAUUCUGCAUGGAGCCAGUCACUGACAACAAGGCUGGAUUUGGCAAUAACUUCACCACAGUGGACAACAAAUCUACUGCACAAAGUGUGGAAGGAAUUAUAGUCAGUGCUAUGUUCAAGUCCCUGAUCACUCGCUGUGCCUCUACUACACAUGAACUUCAUAGCCCUGAAAAUCUGGGAUUGUACUGUGACAUCCGACAGUUGGUCCAAUUUAUCAAGGAGGCUCAUGGAAAUGUCUUUAGAAGGGUGGCACUCAGUGCCCUUUUGGAUAGUGCUGAAAAAUUAAUACCAGGGAAGAAAACAGAGGAAACAGAGCAGGAACCAAAACCUUCAGGGAGCAAAAGAUCUGAGGUGGGAAGCAUUGUUAUUGAUAAGGGACAGGCACAGGCAUCAUCUGCCCCCGAUGAAUGUCGCAGUUACCUCUCCAGCCGUCCACUGCAGACUCCAGAGCACGAUGAGCAAAUGCAGGGGGCUGUUCUGGGACGCAAGGACUUCUGGCGGAAGAUGUUUAAGUCGCAGAGUGCAGCAAGCGAUACAAGUAGCCAGUCAGAGCAGGAUACAUCAGAAUGCACCACAGCUCACUCUGGGACAACCACUGAAAGGCGCUCUCGCUCCCGUUCCCGACGGAUCUCUCUCCGAAAGAAACUCAAACUCCCCAUAGGUAAAUGGAACUGGCUGAAGCGGUCCUCCCUCUCUGGACUGGCUGAUGGAGUGGAAGACCUCCUGGAUAUCAGCUCUGUAGACCGUCUUUCUUUCAUCAGGCAGAGUUCCAAGGUGAAAUUCACUAGUGCAGUGAAACUGUCAGAAGGAGGACCAGGAGGUGGCCUGGAGAAUGGGCGAGAUGAAGAGGAGAAUUUCUUCAAGCGUCUUGGUUGCCACGGUUUUGAUGAUCAUUUGGCCUCCAACCAGGAAGGUGGAAAAUCUAAAAAUGUAGUGAACCUGGGAGCAAUAAGACAAGGCAUGAAGCGCUUUCAAUUUCUUCUGAACUGCUGUGAGCCAGGCACAAUCCCUGAUGCUUCAAUCCUGGCAGCUGCACUUGAUCUUGAAGCUCCUGUGGUGGCAAGAGCAGCCCUCUUCCUAGAAUGUGCUCGCUUUGUUCACCGCUGCAACCGUGGCAAUUGGCCAGAGUGGAUGAAAGGGCAUCAUGUGAACAUCACAAAGAAAGGCCUGUCCCGUGGACGUUCUCCUAUAGUGGGAAAUAAACGGAACCAGAAGCUGCAAUGGAAUGCAGCCAAACUGUUCUACCAGUGGGGAGAUGCAAUUGGUGUCCGACUCAAUGAGCUGUGCCAUGGGGAGAGUGAAAGCCCCGCCAAUCUGCUGGGCCUCAUUUAUGAUGAGGAGACCAAGCGAAGACUGAGAAAGGAGGAUGAGGAGGAAGACUUUUUAGAUGACAGCACUGUGAAUCCUACCAAAUGUUGUUGUCCUUUUGCCCUGAAGAUGGCAGCAUGCCAGCUUCUCUUGGAGAUCACCACUUUUCUCCGAGAGACUUUUGCUUCUGUGGCUGGAGAGGGGUAUGAGGGCUUACUCUAUUUGUGCAUUUCUGUGGUACACAUGCUGCUGCAGGAUCUUGAGAGCUGCAGGUUGCGUUUGGACCCUGAGAUGGACCGGCACAGAUAUGAGAGGAAGAUCAGCUUUGCUGGGGUUCUUGAUGAAAAUGAAGACUCAAAAGACUCUCUGCACAGCAGCAGCCACACCCUCAAAUCUGACACUGGCUGUGAAGAGAAGAAAGAAGGGAGCCCUUGGAGCGCAAGUGAGCCUAGCAUUGAGCCCGAGGUGCUGAGCAGCACAGGCACAGAGGAGAAUUACCAUCGGAACAUGUCCUGGCUGCAUGUCAUGAUCCUACUGUGCAACCAGCAGAGUUUUAUAUGUACCCACAUUGAUUACUGCCACCCCCAUUGCUAUCUACACCACAGCCGCUCCUGUGCCCGGCUAGUUCGGGCCAUCAAACUCCUGUACGGUGACACAGUGGACUCUCUCCGAGAAAGCAACACACUGAAUAGUGUGGCAAGGGGGAAAAAACAGAAAGAGUGCUCAGACAAAUCAUGCCUAAGAACGCCAUCUCUAAAGAAGAGAGUUAUAGACAUCAACUUGGAAGGAAAGAAGGACUCUGGAAUGUUGAAAUACAUCAGGCAUCAGGUAAUGAGCCUGUCCCCAGCACCUUUGUCACUGUUAAUCAAGGCAGCGCCUAUCCUCACAGAAGAAAUGUAUGGGGACAUCCAGCCUGCUGCCUGGGAACUGCUGCUCAGUGUGGAUGAGCAUAUGGCAGGAGCAGCAGCUGCCAUGUUCCUACUGUGUGCUGUGAAAGUGCCAGAGGCUGUUUCUGAUAUGCUGAUGUCUGAAUUUCAUCACCCUGAGACAGUGCAAAGACUGAAUGCCAUUCUCAAAUUCCACACCCUCUGGAGAUUUAGAUAUCAAGUCUGGCCUCGAAUGGAGGAGGGAGCUCAACAGAUCUUUAAGAUCCCUCCACCAAGUAUAAACUUCACCCUGCCCUCCCCAGUCCUGGGAAUGCCCUCUGUGCCAAUGUUUGACCCACCUUGGGUCCCACAGUGCAGUGGGAGUGUGCAAGACCCCAUCAAUGAAGACCAGUCUAAGUCAUUUUCGGCCCGGGCAGUGUCACGUUCUCAUCAGCGAGCAGAGCAUAUCCUGAAGAACCUACAGCAAGAGGAGGAAAAGAAACGCCUGGGCCGGGAGGCCAGUCUGAUCACUGCCAUUCCCAUCACCCAGGAGGCAUGCUAUGAGCCCACCUGCAACCCAAAUUCAGAGCAGGAGGAGGAAGUAGAAGAAGUUGCCAACCUGGCAUCCCGCCGGCUCUCUGUGAGUCCCUCUUGCACAUCUAGCACUUCUCACAGGAACUAUUCCUUCCGUCGUGGCUCUGUCUGGUCAGUGCGUUCAGCGGUCAGUAAUGAAGAUGAGGAACACACUACAGAGCAUACUCCAAAUCAUCAUGUGCCCCAGCCUCCCCAGGCAGUGUUCCCAGCAUGCAUCUGUGCAGCUGUGCUCCCCAUUGUCCAUUUGAUGGAAGAUGGAGAAGUCCGGGAGGAUGGAGUCGCAGUGAGUGCUGUGGCUCAGCAAGUCUUAUGGAACUGCCUGAUUGAAGAUCCCUCAACAGUUCUGCGGCAUUUCCUGGAGAAACUCACAAUAAGCAAUCGACAGGAUGAGUUGAUGUACAUGCUGAGGAAGCUUCUACUAAACAUCGGAGACUUUCCUGCCCAGACAUCUCAUAUCCUCUUUAACUACUUGGUGGGACUGAUCAUGUAUUUUGUACGUACCCCAUGCGAAUGGGGCAUGGAUGCCAUUUCAGCAACUCUGACCUUCCUGUGGGAAGUGGUGGGUUAUGUAGAGGGCCUGUUCUUCAAAGAUCUGAAGCAGACUAUGAAGAAGGAGCAGUGUGAAGUAAAAUUGCUGGUGACUGCCUCAAUGCCAGGCACAAAGACCUUGGUAGUGCAUGGGCAGAAUGAAUGUGACAUCCCAACCCAGCUACCUGUACAUGAGGACACACAAUUUGAAGCUCUUCUGAAGGAGUGCUUGGAAUUUUUUAAUAUACCUGAAACCCAGUCUUCUCAUUAUUUUUUAAUGGAUAAACGAUGGAACCUUAUUCAUUACAACAAGACCUAUGUUCGUGAUAUUUAUCCUUUCCGGAGAUCGGUAUCUCCUCAGCUGAACUUGGUACAGAUGCACCCAGAAAAGGGUCAGGAGCUCAUUCAGAAACAGGUGUUCACCCGCAAGCUGGAGGAAGUAGGGCGAGUGUUGUUUCUGAUAUCACUCACCCAGAAAAUCCCUACUGCCCACAAGCAGUCCCAUGUCUCUAUGCUCCAAGAGGACCUUCUGCGCCUGCCUUCCUUCCCAAGAAGUGCCAUUGAUGCAGAAUUCUCACUCUUCAGUGAUCCUCAAGCUGGGAAGGAGCUAUUUGGCCUUGAUACUCUUCAGAAAAGCCUGUGGAUUAAGCUCCUGGAGGAGAUGUUUCUUGGUAUGCCCAGCGAGUUUCCUUGGGGGGAUGAAAUCAUGCUUUUCCUAAAUGUCUUUAAUGGAGCCUUGAUCCUGCACCCAGAGGACAGUGCUUUGCUGAGGCAAUAUGCUGCUACUGUCAUCAACACUGCUGUGCACUUCAACCAUCUAUUCUCCCUCAGUGGAUACCAAUGGAUCCUUCCCACCAUGCUGCAGGUAUAUGCUGACUAUGAAAGCAACCCUCAGUUACGCCAAGCAAUUGAGUUUGCCUGCCGCCAGUUCUACAUUCUGCAUCGCAAGCCCUUUAUCCUACAGCUGUUUGCUAGUGUAGCUCCUCUUCUGGAAUUCCCCGAUGCCGCAAACAAUGGACCCAGCAAAGGGGUAUCAGCUCAGUGCCUGUUUGAUCUGCUGCAGUCUCUAGAGGGAGACACGCCUGACAUUUUGGACAUCUUAGAGCUGGUGAAAGCAGAAAAGCCUCUCAAAUCAUUAGAUUUUUGUUAUGGGAAUGAGGAUCUGACCUUUUCUAUCAGUGAAGCCAUCAAGCUGUGUGUAACAGUGGUGGCAUAUGCCCCUGAAUCAUUCAGAAGCCUCCAGAUGCUGAUGGUCUUGGAAGCCCUAGUUCCCUGCUAUCUGCAGAAACUCAAGAGGCAGACCUCACAAGUCGAGACUGUAACAGCUGCUCGCGAGGAAAUUGCUGCAACUGCUGCCCUUGCCACAUCUUUGCAGGCCCUUUUGUACAGUGUGGAAGUUCUCACCAGACCCAUGACUGCUCCCCAGAUGAGCAGGUGUGACCAAGGCCAUAAAGGUACCACAACAGCCAACCACACCAUGUCGUCAGGGGUGAACACCAGGUACCCAGAACAGGGAGCCAAACUGCACUUCAUCAGGGAAAACCUUCACUUGCUGGAGGAGGGCCAGGGUCUCCCCCGAGAGGAGCUGGAUGAACGAAUUGCCAGGGAGGAGUUCAGGAGGCCCCGGGAAUCCAUGCUGAACAUCUGUACUGAGUUCUACAAGCACUGUGGCCCCCGGCUGAAGAUUUUGCAGAACCUAGCUGGAGAGCCCAGGGUGACUUCCCUGGAGCUGCUGGAUGUGAAGUCACAUAUGAGGUUGGCAGAAAUUGCACAUUCCCUUCUGAAGCUGGCACCUUAUGACACCCAGACAAUGGAAAGCCGUGGGCUCCGGCGCUACAUCAUGGAGAUGCUGCCCAUCACAGACUGGACAGCUGAGGCCGUGAGACCUGCCCUUAUCCUCAUCUUAAAGAGACUGGAUCGUAUGUUCAAUAAAAUUCACAAGAUGCCUACUUUGAGGCGACAGGUUGAGUGGGAGCCUGCCAGCAAUUUGAUUGAAGGGGUUUGUUUGACACUUCAGAGGCAGCCAAUCAUAUCCUUCCUGCCUCACCUUAGGUCACUGAUCAAUGUCUGUGUCAAUCUGGUGAUGGGAGUGGUAGGACCUUCCAGUGUUGCUGAUGGAUUACCCCUUCUUCAUCUCAGCCCUUAUCUCUCGCCACCUCUGCCCUUCAGCACAGCUGUUGUCCGGCUUGUAGCAUUGCAAAUACAGGCUUUGAAAGAAGAUUUCCCCCUAAGCCAUGUGAUCUCCCCAUUCACCAAUCAGGAGAGAAGGGAAGGAAUGCUUUUAAACCUACUGAUUCCAUUUGUCCUCACAGUAGGAUCUGGAAGCAAAGACAGCCCAUGGCUGGAGCAGCCUGAAGUCCUGCUGCUGCUCCAGACUGUUAUUAAUAUCCUCCUACCACCUCGCAUCAUUAGCACAUCCCGCAGCAAGAACUUCAUGCUGGAGAGUUCCCCUGCACACUGCUCUACCCCUGGGGAUGCUGGGAAGGAUCUGCGCAGGGAGGGACUUGCAGAGUCCACCAGCCAGGCAGCUUACUUGGCCCUGAAGGUGAUUCUUGUUUGCUUUGAGCGCCAGCUUGGCAGCCAGUGGUACUGGCUGAGCCUACAAGUCAAAGAGAUGGCCUUACGGAAAGUGGGCGGGCUUGCCCUGUGGGAUUUCCUUGAUUUCAUCGUUCGGACCCGUAUCCCAAUCUUUGUGCUCCUGCGGCCCUUCAUUCAGUGCAAGCUGCUUGCCCAGCCAGCAGAGAAUCAUGAGGAACUGACUGCCCGACAACACAUUGCUGACCAGCUAGAGCGGCGCUUCAUCCCACGCCCUUUGUGCAAGAGCUCCCUCAUUGCAGAAUUCAACAAUGAGCUAAAGAUCCUGAAGGAAGCAGUGCACAGUGGGUCAGCCUAUCAAGGGAAGACCUCGAUCAGCACUGUAGGCACCUCCACCUCUGCCUACCGCCUGAGCCUUGCUACCAUGUCCCGCUCCAACACAGGCACUGGCACAGUCUGGGAGCAGGACAGUGAGCCUUCACAGCAAGCUUCGCAGGACACUCUGAGCCGGACCGAUGAGGAGGAUGAAGAAAAUGACUCAGUGAGCAUGCCCAGUGUGGUAAGUGAACAGGACGCAUACCUUAUGGGUGCCAUUGGGAGGAGGCGAUUCUCCAGCCAUAUCUCCAGCAUGUCUGCACCUCAGGCUGAGGUGGGCCUGUUACCCAGCCAAAGUGAACCUAAUGUCCUCGAUGACUCCCAGGGCCUGGCCGCUGAGGGCAGCCUCUCUAGGGUAGCAAGUGUUCAAAGUGAACCAGGACAACAGAAUCUUCUUCUUCAGCAACCUCUGGGGAGAAAGAGAGGCCUGAGGCAGCUCCGAAGGCCUCUUCUGUCACGUCAGAAGACCCAAACUGAACGUCGUAACCGUCAUGGGGCUCGACUUUCAACAACUCGUCGAAGCAUACAGCCAAAAACAAAACCAAGUGUGGAUCAAAAGCGAUCAGUGACUUUCACUGAAGCUCAGACAAAUGUAACAGCACCCUCAACAGCAGAUACCACACCAGUGGUAGCCCAGCAGCUGGCUGGCAGCAGAAGCAGCCCUGCCCAAGUCAGCAAGCAGGAAGCUGUGAAUCAACCUGUCCUGACCUCUUCUCCUGCCAUUGUUGUGGCUGAUCUCCACCAGACCACCAGCCAGACUGAGGCACUUUCUGCAGAGAAGGAAAAAGACGAAGAGGAGGAUUUGGAGUCCAGGCCAGGACCAGCACACAGCGCCACACAACUUUCUGACACGGAAGACUUCACAGGUCUAGAGACUACCAGCUUGCUGCAGCAUGAAGACACUGUCCUUCACAUCAGUGAAGAGAAUGGGAUGGAGAAUCCUCUUCUUUCUAGUCACUUCACCUACACACAUGUUGAGCUCGGGGAGACUGAUGUUGACCUGGAUGAGUCCCAUGUUUAAAUGAUGGGGCA